UUCUAUUUUACCAGCCUCACUAAGAGGUCACUUUAAAGUGAGUGUCCAUGAUGAGGUGUAUGCCAUGGUUCAUGUUGGAUUAGUUGGUAUAAACCUACUCUAUUUUCUAUUUUACCAGCUCCACUAAGAGGUCACUUUAAAGUGAGUGUCCAUGAUGAGGUGUAUGCCAUGGUUCAUGUUGGAUUAGUUGGUAUAAACCUACUCUAUUUUCUAUUUUACCAGCUCCACUUAGAGGUCACUUUAAAGUGAGUGUCCAUGAUGAGGUGUAUGCCAUGGUCCAUGUUGGAUUAGUUGGUAUUAACCUGGAGUUUUUCCUGGCCAGAAUAUGUUACAAAGGACAAACAUCUUACAGUGUUAACAUAUUUCAGGAAGGGGCAGAUAUUAAGAAAAUUCUGAACAUGGCAUUGAGAUUUGACAAAGUUGUGAAGAACAUUGUUGGUGGUAUAAAGAAAGGAAUUGAUUUAUUUAUGGAUAUAAUCAGUGGACGACUUUCAAUCAAAACUAUUGUCCAGAAUUUGGUGAAAGCUUUAAAAGGUCUGCCUGCCAAGGUUGCUGACCUUAGAUCUAGGGCAAUUAAAGCAAUAAAGACAAUUGGACAAUUUGAUGAACUCCAGUUACCUCCCUUCAUCAAACCUGUGAAAAAUUUAAUCAACAAAGUACAGAAGUUAUUUAAUGAUAUUAAAACUGAUGUGAUGAACUUUUACAAUUCAUAA